CUUGUUACGAACGCUUGGAGGCUUCACCGUUUCACCAGCGCAUCUGUGCCACUACACACCCUUUGCUUUGGCGGGAAGUUCUAUUUCGAGGCACUUCACUGUUCAGACAAGUAAACGGAAGUUUCAGAUAUGGACAGACGAGACGGAGGUCAUGACCUAUGGGAAAGUAUCGUGGCCGAGGGACGUGACUUGCGUGGAUACAGCAGUAACUUCAGCACAUACCUCCCUCCAAUGCAGAGAAUGACUGCAAGAAUGUCCGACAUGAAUAUUGAAAUGGCUAUCAAUAGUUUUUAUGCAUACGAUAGUUCUCCAGGAUGGCUAAAGAAUGAGCGCAGUGAAGGUAUCAGCAAGGACCAUCUGGACGAUGCCGCGCAGAGAGCACAAGGAGUGUAUUAUCACGAUUCUUUUGACCCAGAUCGUGUAUUUCAUGGCCACAAACUGUUCGUACCGUCUCUUCAAAGAGAUCGAGAUAACAAUACGGAUCGGACGAAGCGUGCUGAAGUUCUCAUGAAGCAUACGCAGAACAACGAAAGGUUCACUAAGAGUGAGUACGCCUGGGAAGCCGAUGCGUGGUCGGAUAUAUUUGGCAGAAUCAGGGAUCACCCUCAUCUGGCAGCCGACAAGCGUGAAUAUCGGGCUAGGUAUGACUCGGGUUGUAACAGCUACAACCUAGGAUCAACAACUCAUACGGUUCACGGUCACCUACGUACAGACUUGGAGUUGCUGGCAUAGUAGCUGCCUACAUGCCUAGCCAGUUACAACUUCUACAGAGAGGG